UUUGAGCCCCUCUCACUAAAGGAGCCUAGAGGCGCUGGCGGCUCCAAAGAGCCUCUGUGUGUGUCCCCGGCAGCGGCCUCAUGCUGCCUCACGCCCGAGCCCCGAACCCCGCCCCGCCCCAGCCUCGCUCUGCCUGGCUGAGACGCGUGGAAACUACAAAUCCCAGAGGUCACCUCGCCGCGAUCGGCGAAUCAGGUGGCGGAGGUCAGGUGACCGCGGACCCGCCUCUCCAAAGUCCGGCCGGCCCCGGGAACGCGGCGCUUUCUGGAGCUGCAGCUGGCGAGGCUUCUGCGUCCGGCGAGGUCGGGUCCUCCAGCCUGGGGGGCUCAGUCUUGCAGAUUGCUUUGGAGACGCUGCGAGGACUUUUGCGGGAGCGCCGGUGGACGCGCGGAGUGCGGGGCUCACGGGGACGAGACCCUACCCUCUCCUCCGGGUUUUCACGCUGGACGGAGGGAGGACCUGAGCCCUGCCUCUUCCAGUACCUGCGAGGAGGAUAACCUUGCUUUGUGGGAGCUCGCUCGGCGCCCUGAGCAACAGAGUUCUGAGAAAUCGGGAAACAUGACAAGGAAUUGGCUGACUAUUUUUAUCCUUUUUCCCCUGAAGCUCAUAGAGAAAUGUGAGUCAACUGUCAGCCUCACCGUUCCUCCCGUUGUAAAGCUGGAAAAUGGCAGCUCAACCAACAUCAGUGUCGCCCUGCGGCCACCAUUAAAUGCAACCCUGGUGAUCACUUUUGAAAUCACAUUUCGUUCCAAAAAUAUUACUAUCCUUGAGCUCCCUGAUGAAGUUGUGGUGCCUCCCGGAGUGACAAAUUCCUCUUUUCAAGUGACAUCCCAAAAUGUCGGACAAGUUACAAUUUAUCUGCAUGGAAAUCACUCCAAUCGGACCGGCCCGCGGAUACGCUUCCUGGUGAUCCGCAGCAGCGCCGUCAGCAUCAUCAACCAGGUGAUUGGCUGGAUCUACUUUGUGGCCUGGUCCAUCUCCUUCUAUCCUCAGGUGGUCAUGAAUUGGAGGCGGAGAAGCGUCGUCGGGCUGAGCUUUGACUUCGUGGCCCUGAACCUGACGGGCUUCGUGGCCUACAGCGUGUUCAACAUCAGCCUCCUCUGGGUGCCGUACGUCAAGGAGCAGUUUUUCCUCAAAUACCCCAAUGGAGUGAACCCUGUCAACAGCAACGACGUCUUCUUCAGCUUGCACGCCGUCGUCCUCACUCUGAUCGUCAUCGUGCAGUGCUGCCUAUAUGAGCGUGGAGGCCAGCGCAUGUCCUGGCCCGCCAUCGGCUUCCUGGUGCUGGCGUGGCUCUUUGCGUUCGUCACCAUGAUCAUGGCUGCGGUGGGGGUGACCACGUGGCUGCAGUUUCUCUUCUGCUUCUCCUACAUCAAGCUCGCGGUCACACUGGUCAAGUAUUUUCCACAGGCCUACAUGAACUUUCACUACAAAAGCACUGAGGGCUGGAGCAUCGGCAACGUGCUGCUGGACUUUACCGGGGGCAGCUUCAGCCUCCUGCAGAUGUUUCUGCAGUCCUACAACAACGACCAGUGGACGCUGAUCUUCGGAGACCCAACCAAGUUUGGACUCGGCCUCUUCUCCAUUUUCUUCGACAUCAUCUUCUUCAUCCAGCAUUUCUGUUUGUACAGAAAGAGACCGGGGCUCCAGGCAGUGCGCACAGGCUCUGGCAGCCGCCUCAGGCAGGACUGGGCAAUGAGCUUGCAGCCGAAGGCCUUGCCCCAAACUACCAGCGUGUCUGGGAGCAGCUUGAAGGGCUGACCUUGCAGCCGGGAGUGCCAAGGGCACUUUGCUGCCACCGUUGUGUUCCCAGAGACCAAGCAGCCAGGCGCCGUGGCCAACGGACUCAGAGGUGCUGGUGGAGGGGCUCAGACUUCGGGUUAGGACUCUGGGCUCGGACGUGGGGUUCUUUCUCCGAAGGCCACUUUCCUGACGCACUCUUUCUACAUAACUGAGCGUCCACGACUGCAGUAACAGCUGGCCUUACCCAGAGCAUUGCUGAGCCCUGAGGUGUCCACCAGAUCAGUUCUGGAUUGGACUCGCACCCAGCAGAUUAGCAUACUAACUCCCUUCAGGGUUUUUGGAGGGCCGUUUGAAGUGGCUUACGCUCUUCUGCCCUCUCUCCUACCUCCACUUUCCGUCAGAUGAGCCCCAUCCGAACACACCCAGCUGCUCCUUACCCAGUAUCUGGGGUACAGGACACACCUCUCUCCCGCUACCGGUCUGUGCCUUAGAGGUCUGUUAGGCCUGCCAAAGAGCGACCAGCUACCCUGGAGGGAGGACAGGCCCCCUUCUUCUCGCUUUCCCCAGACCCCUACUUGAGGCUCGCCAAUUUCUGGCCUGUUCCGGAGCCUCAGAGAAGUAUUUGUACUUGAGACCACCUUGCACAAUCUGUAUGGCCCAGCCCUCAUCUCACACCCGCUUCCCUCCACCCAAAGCUUUCGUCCUUUCUGUGGCGGAGGGGAGGGUCCCAGGACGUGCCUUCUACAGGACUCGAAUUUCAGUCCACUGAGUUUUAUUCUACAAGAUCAGCGCGAGGGGCCGGUAUCUUGAAUUAAAACCUGACUCCUGUUCCUUUCUGCA